AUGUCCAGAAGGCUCAGCCUCAAGUUACAGCAAAAAAUCCUAGAAGAUGCCUACUGUGAGAAACACCUGGAACCACACCUGCUGUUCUGUGAUGACGACCAAAUCACACUUUGUGACAAGUGCCUCCAGUCCCCGGAGCAUAGGAAUCACAUGAUAUAUGGAGUACAAGAGGCCGCUGAGAAUUACAGGAAGUUAUUUCAGGAGCUAUUGAACACAUUGAUGGAGAAACUUGAAGUAGCUAAAAACCUAUUAGCUGAUGAGAAAGAAAGAAUGGUGAUGGUUCAGGGAGAAGAGCAGAAUUUUAAAGAGAUGAUUGAGUCUGAAUAUAAAAUGAUGUUCCGGUUGAUGACUGAAGAGAAAGAGAUGAACUUCCAGAGCCUACAACCAGAACUUUUCAACCAGGACUUGAGAAAAGCCAGUCGGAGGCAAAUGAUGGAAUUUUCUGCAGAACUAGAGGAGAAAUCCAAGGAAAUGAUACAGAGACUGAACAAUCUGGGGAGAGAGAACAUGAAUAAACUGAAGGAGAGUGAAGUCAGGCUCUCUGAACAGAUCUGCAGCCUCCAAAAGAUCAUCGCAGAACUACAGAAGAAGUGUGGGGAAUCUACUUUAGCGUUGCUCCAGGAUGCAAGAUAUUGUCUGGACCAUGGUGGUUCACUACUGCUUCAGUGUCUAGAGCCCGCCCAAAUCACAGACUUGAGUUUAUGCCAAAUACCAGGAAUGAGCAAAAUGCUUAAAGUGCUCCAGAGACCUAUAACUUUGGAUCCUAAAACAGCUCAUCCCUAUCUUGUCUUAUCUGAAGAUCUGAGAAGUAUAAGACUCAGAAAUGUCCAGCAGGAUGUACCUGGCAACCCAGGGAGAUUUGACUUCAGUGCCACUGUGUUGGGUGUGGAGAGCUUCACCUCAGGAAGGCACUACUGGGAGGUGGAUGUGCAAAAAGCAACAGAAUGGCAAUUGGGUGUAUUUGAAGACUCUGCCAGCAGAAAAGGUGACACAUUCAAAGCUUCCAGAGAUAAAGUCUUACUCACAGGCUCCAUGAUGGGAACCGAUUAUACCUUCUGGGUCUUCCCCCCUUUAAAAAGGGUCUCUUUGGGAGACCAGAUGCACAAAGUUGGAGUUUUUCUAGACUGUAAGUAUCGGCAGAUAUCAUUCUAUGAUGUGACAAAGAGUCUCCUCAUUUAUAAUUUCUCUCAUCUUGCCUUUCAAGGAGCUCUCAGGCCUAUAUUUUCUCUUUGUAUCCCAAGUGGAGGCACAAAUUCAAACUCUCUUAGCAUCUGCCUCCCUGAUGUUUUUUCUUGCAAUGUUACUGUUAGCCCUCAGUCUCCCUUGGUGUGA